AAGAAAGAAAGAAAGAAAGAAAUGAAAAAGAAAAACGCUUAGAAGUAUCUCUCUCUUCCUCUCUCUCCUGAGCUUUCUUUCUCUCUCCACCUUCUUUGCUUCACCUUAGCACAGAAGAGAGAGAGAGAGAAAGAGAGAAACAUGUCCAAUCCGUCUUUCCGAGCACCAUUUAUGCGUGUAAGGAAUUUGUAAAAGCUUUCUUUUGCUUUUUAUUUGUGCUGGGACGGGUUUGAGUUUGUUGCCAGAGCUUUGUGUUCUUUGUUUUUGGGUUAUUACUGUUGUUGCUGUUGUUGAAGAUGUUGGUGGCAAAUAGCUUUGAUCUAUGGCAAAAGGACUCAUUUUUUUGUGCUGCCGAGGAGGUUCAGGAAUCUACAGAUAUACUGGAAUCAGCAUACAGGACAUGGAUGAGACAGAAGAGAGAAACACUAUCACCAGAGUGUUUGGAUGAACUCUGUAGGGAGCUGCAAACUGCUUUAGGAACUGCUAAAUGGCAGUUGGAAGAGUUCGAGAGGGCUGUCAGGUUGAGCUAUGGACAUCGUAGUGAUGACAGUACAAUGGCUAGGCAUAGACAAUUUAUUUCUGCCAUUGAAAACCAAAUAUCACGUGUUGAAGCAGCAUUAAGGGAAUCUUUUAGUGAGGAAGGAAAGCAACCCCUUCGGUGGGUGAAUCUGGAUGAAGAUGAAUGUGAUGACUUGGCCGCAUUUCUCUCUGGAACCUCCCAAAGCUUGCAAAGUGCAAAAGAUGAUUGUUUAGAGCUCAGACCUUCCAAGAAAAGCUCUCCUCUGGAUAACACUCAGAGAAAAGAUGCAGACCUUAAUCUCAAUGCUUCCUGCAGCAGAGGAUUUUCUGAUGAAAUGAAAAGUUUUAAAGAUGUUAGUAGCAUUAGUAAGGACAAAAAUAAUGUCAUAAAUAUAGAAGCAAAUGAAAUUCCCUUAGGGAGGGAUGAUAUAAUUUGUCAAGCAGAUAGAACAACUAAUACAAGGAGAACGUGGAGCUCACCAAAUUUUGGUGAAUUGAAGAUAAUAAUUCCUGAUGAAGAUGAACAGGUAGACAAACUAGUGCUGAGGGUCGACGACACUCCUAAGGAAAAAAGGUCAAAACCUUUCUUUUGGAAGCAAAGGCGUGUGGAAUUUUUUCAGGUGCAGGGAGCAGUUAAUUUGUUCAAUCAGCUCUUUGGUCGGGCUGGUGGGUUGCAGAGACAAUUGCAGAGUCCAAUACACUUGCCAUUCCGUUGUUCUGUACAAGUUACACUUGCUUUUAUGCUAACUAUCUUUUUGAUUGUACCUUUUUUAUUUUAUUCAGCUUGAUAAAGUGGUAUUUUUACGGCAGAAGAUCAAGAUGAGAGGUACUGAGGUGAUUCUAAAGCAAGUUUGAAAAGGGAACGCUUGUGAUUCUCAAGUCUAGGCAUUGUCCCAGCAUGUAUGACAUUUUGGAGUAGGCCAGGCCUCCUCCUCUUUAAAGUUUGAGAAGUAAAACAGCAACAGGAAUGGGAUAUCUUUUUAGACUUCUUGAUGCUACAAAUUGUAAAUACAUUCAUGUUGUCUUAAAUGUAUGCUCCCAGUUAUAUCUGGUAGUGUAGACAAUCCCAUUUCAAUUUAAGCUUUAAACUUUAAACAUGGCUGCUUGUUAAGGGUCCAAAUCCAUGGCUUUUAAUGUACUACCCUUGAUCUUUGGUUAAUAAUGCUUGUAAAUAACUCAUCUUUAAAUCCCUUUGCACUGAA